UCAUUGCCCUUCAAAGGGGUGUAAGUGUAAGGUUAACUCUCCCGUUUUCUGAUAACGGAUGCUGCUAAUAAAAGAACUCAAAAACACCCUCCAUGAUUGGCUUACCAUGAAUUCUUGCGGUUAUUGUCACUUCUCUUAAAUCAUCUGUUUUUCUUUCCUGUCUCUCUCUCUCUCUCUCUCUCUCUCUCUCUCUCUCUCAUGGUAGAUCAUCCUCAGAUUCUUGGCUUACCACCAGGUGCGUCCAUUUCUGAGCACAAGAAAAGUUGUCUCGGCAUUAAAGAUUUUUGUGAAGUUUACUUAUCAGCAAUCACAAGAUGGUGUCGAUUUAAGAAAUCACUUUCAAAAUCAUCCCAUUCCCCAUGCAGAAAAGCUGAAACUGAAGCAAAAUCCCAAGCAGCUACCCAAGAAACUUCUGAGUACCUUGAUGAGGAAAAAGAAGAGGAGGAAACAAUGAAUGGAGUGCACAGCUUCAGAUACAAUGCUGAUAGUAUGCGAGGUAAUAAUCCUGCAGGUCCUGGAGCGUUUUACAAGCAUAGAAGCAUGGAUAACAGCAUUCCACAUACAUCUUCUCCUUUAUCAAGAAAUGGAAGCCCAAGAAAUGGAAGCCGAAGGAGCCCCUCUCCAACAUCAUCAUUUCUCUAUAGAAGCAUGAGCAAGGCGAGCAACAAAUCAAAUUAUCGCUACACGUCAACUAUUUCAAGAGAAGCAAGCAGGAGGAGCACUACCCCUAUCAUGUUUUCAAAUUCAACAGGGAUGGUGAAACCUCCAACCGUUCAAAAAGAUCUCGAGUGCACGUUGGAGGAGUUGUGUUAUGGAUGCAUGAAGAAGAUCAAGGUUACAAGAGAUGUCCUUACAAACACAGGGCAAAUAAUUCAAGAAGAGGAAAUACUGAUAAUAAAUGUGAAGCCAGGAUGGAAAAAGGGAACAAAGAUCACAUUUGAAGGAAUGGGAAAUGAGAGACCUGGAACUUGCCCGGCAGACAUAACUUUUGUAAUUGCUGAGAAAAGGCAUCCUCUGUUUCAGAGAGAAGGAGAUAACUUGAAGAUAGUAGUAGAAAUCCCCUUAUUAAAGGCUCUUACAGGGUGUGAAAUUUCAAUCCCUUUGCUAGGAGGCGAGAACAUGACGACUUUGAUGAUUGAGGAUAUUAUUCACCCUGGAUAUGAGAAGAUCAUCAUAGGACAAGGUAUGACGAUCACAGAAGAGGAAGGAAAGAGAGGAAAUUUGAAAGUUACCUUUCUAGUUGAAUUCCCAACAGAAAUGACAGAUGAACAACGAUCCGAUAUUCUUAGUAUUUUAGAGGAUUCUUGUUGAAUUCUUUCAGUCUUUCUUUAGGGCCAAAGAUACAUUUCCUCUGUUUUUGUGCUUACAUUUCUUUCUUUUUUCUUUUUCAUGGCACUUAGACAGUCAAAUCCAGUACAUUCUUGUAAAAUAUGUUUAGAACAAGUACCCCUUAGUCACCCAAACACAUGCUAGACCUGUGAUCUUUUAUCUCAUCAAUAAUUGAUUAAAAAAUAAUAGCACUUUAUCAGUA